GGAGGAGGGCACUUCCUGUCGAUGUUUCAUAAACUCGGGACGUAGAGGAAGUAUGUUGUCCCUCUCUCGUGCUGUGGUGAGCGGUGUGGCUAGAGCCCCAGCUGCCAUCACUCAAGGUGGAGUGACCGCUUUAACUCGAUUCAACAGCACAGCACAGAGUGCUCCAAAGAAAACCACAUAUGGUGGACUGGCAGAUGAAGACCGAAUUUUCACAAACCUUUAUGGCCGUCAUGAGUGGAGGUUGAAUGGAGCUUUGAAGCGUGGCGACUGGUACAAAACCAAGGAGAUCCUUCUGAAGGGUGUUGACUGGAUCCUCAAUGAGAUUAAGAUCUCUGGUCUGCGUGGGAGAGGUGGAGCUGGUUUCCCUACAGGCAUGAAAUGGGGCUUUAUGAACAAGCCCAGUGACGGCAGGCCAAAGUAUCUGGUGGUGAAUGCAGAUGAAGGAGAGCCUGGCACCUGUAAGGACAGGGAAAUCAUGAGGCAUGACCCACACAAGCUGGUGGAAGGCUGUCUGAUUGCUGGGAGGGCCAUGGGGGCACGUGCCGCCUAUAUCUAUAUCAGAGGAGAGUUUUACAAUGAGUCAUCCAACCUGCAGGUUGCUAUCAAUGAAGCAUAUGCUGCUGGGCUGAUUGGAAAGAACGCCUGUGGCUCUGGUUAUGACUUUGAUGUGUUUGUGAUGCGUGGCGCUGGAGCAUAUAUCUGCGGAGAGGAAACUGCUCUUAUUGAGUCCCUAGAGGGAAAGCAAGGGAAGCCCCGUCUGAAGCCUCCAUUUCCUGCUGAUGUGGGGGUGUUUGGUUGCCCAACAACUGUUGCUAAUGUGGAGACGGUAUCUGUGGCGCCCACCAUUUGUCGCCGUGGAGGCUCAUGGUUUGUGGGCUUUGGCAGAGAGAGAAACUCGGGCACAAAGCUCUUCAACAUCUCAGGCCAUGUUAAUCACCCCUGCACUGUGGAGGAGGAAAUGUCCAUCCCUCUGAAGGACCUCAUUGAGAGGCAUGCAGGUGGAGUUCGUGGUGGGUGGGACAACCUGUUGGCUGUAAUUCCUGGUGGCUCCUCAACACCACUCAUUCCUAAGAGUGUGUGUGAAGAGGUGCUGAUGGACUUUGACGGCCUCGUUCAAGCUCAGACUGGGCUUGGCACAGCGGCUCUUAUUGUCAUGGACAAAUCUACUGACGUUAUCCGAGCCAUUGCACGUCUGAUAGAGUUCUACAAACAUGAGAGCUGUGGCCAGUGCACUCCAUGCAGAGAAGGGGUGGACUGGAUGAACAAUAUGAUGUGGCGUUUUGUACGUGGUGAUGCACGGUCAGCAGAGAUCGACAUGAUUUGGGAGCUCAGUAAGCAGAUCGAGGGUCACACCAUUUGUGCCCUGGGAGAUGGCGCGGCUUGGCCAGUGCAGGGGUUAAUCAGACACUUGAGGCCAGUGAUGGAAAGUCGAAUCGCUGAAUAUCAUCAGCAGCAGCAGCAGCAGCAGCAGCAGCAGGCCAGGGCUUAAAUGUCUCUUUUCUGUUCUUUAAAUUCCUUUCUCUCAUUCAUAUGCCCAAAAUCCCACGUUUGUGUCCCUGAGAAAUUAUUUAAGAUAAUAUGCUGUUCACUUCACCAUCAAGUGUUGCAUUGAUGACUUUGCCAUGUCUGAAGAUAUUGUCAAUAAAGUUCUAUGAACCAUAAA